AUGGAGGAGGCGCACGUGCCACAAUUCUGCCCGGGCAGAGGGCCGACACUGUUAUCCACGUUCUCCCAGAGUCUAUCUUUCCAUGCGUCUCCUCAAUCCUUUUUGCUUGCACCUGAUCUAACUGAUCCAACCCACCCACGGGGGACGACCCCCAAUUUUGUUCGCGCGAAAAUUCUCAACCGUGAUGUCGCUGUCAUAUCAUCCUACCGGCACUGCCAGGAGAUUCUAUAUGCUACGGGAGAAGAAGAAUCAUCCUCACAGCCGCACAGGGACAACCUGGUUAGCGACCGGAUUGGAGGAAAGAUCAACCCAGGUGUAUUCACUGUUGGGCCAGCAUAUCGGGAGCUGAUGGUUGACUUUUUCCCCGCCCCAAAUCUGCUCCUACUUGACUCCCCAAGGCACCAACCCACACGACAGAGGUGGGAUAAACACAUGGCUCUCAUGGCAGCGCAUACUCCGGAGCUAAUUCGUGACUGUGUCAUCAGCCGUGUGACGGCGUGGACAGAUGGCUCAGCAAUUGAUCUCUACGAAGAGAUGAAAGACCUAUCUCGAAAUGUUCUCUGUUCUAUAUUUCUGGGGCUUCGUCCAUCCGAUAAAACGUAUAAGGACAUUGUAUUCCAACAGGAAAACCUGCUGCGAGGCCAGUUUUCCCUUUUCCCGGUGUCUAUCCGUACACCAUUUUGGUGCUCCUCCCGGUCAAAGGGUAUAGACGCGCGGAAUAAAUUGCAGGCGAUGCUCAAAGAAGAGAUGGCAUCACCUCGUCCAGGGUGUCCCUUCGCCCACCGCAGCAGUGAUAUUAAUAACGAAGAGCUGGCCGCGAAUGCACUUCUAUUUACCAGCUCAAUUGCGGUGAAGGCAUUAGCCUCCUUGUUGACAGCAUUUCUCCUUAAUCUAUUCCUAUUCCCGUGUCAGCCAUCGUUGGCGGCCCAGGUUCGAAAACAAAGCCCGGGCCAAUUCCCGCGGACUCUCCUUCGGAGUAUCCUCUUGGAGACUGAGAGAUUGAGCCCGCCUGUUAUAGGUGUGAUGCGCCGGGUUGAGCAGGAUAUAAUACUGAAGAUAGACACCUCGGCAGCGCGGCCGCAGCACCAGUCUCAGGUGAUCGUGCCUGCAGGAUGGGACGUAUGGCUUUAUUUUGUCAAUGCCUGCCGCGACUCAUCGGUCUACGAUCAGCCUUGUAAAUUUGUUCCAGAGAGAUUCAUGUCGUCCUUAGAUCCAGAUCCUGGUUUUGCUUUCGGUGCGGGUGGCAAGGAAUGUUUGGGCAAGGACCUUGCUCGGGAAUUGGCCGAGACAGUGGCGUUGGUAACCCUCGAGAAAGGAUUGGACCUCUCAGGCUCGAUCGAGGCAGAGGGCGUUCGUGGCUGGCUGGGAUGGGAUGAAGAUGUUUCCGCGGAUAUGAUAGCGAGGGAUCUAAAGCAGUUGCCUACCCAAAGACCAAGGCAGCCGAUCAAGAUCCGCAUAAGGCGCCUCUGGAAUUGA